GCCCACAUCGAUUUCAUCUCGCGCAACGGGCGCGAGUGGAAGGCUUCGAGAUUGCACAGCUUGCUGUCGAUCUGCAAGGGCCCGGUGGGCUUGCUCGACCCCGCGAACACCACUCACUUGACCCAUAGCUCUGAUGACAUCGAGUUUCUCAUGAAGGGCAGUCUUCCAGGCUCAGAUUCCCAGGGCACGCUGGAUUCGGAUGUCUCUGCGAACGAUGACGCGCUGGCACUCUUGAAGCAGAUGGCGAGUGGCGACGAGUCGCUCAUGACGAAGUUUUCGGAGUGGGAAGACGUGCUGCUCACAGAAGGCCCUUGCUCAAGAGAUCUGAAAGACCUCGAGUACCGCCUUGGCCAAGUCACCGAGCCUGAGGAGAUGGCCACCCCCGAGGGGCUGGUGCGUUUGAUCGAACUCCUCGCGGAAGCCCUGAAGAAGCUUCCCGAUCUCACACAAGGUCUCCGCGCUGGAUCCACCACCCAUCUUGAGAUCCGGCUUUCGCAAGCAGCGCCUGCGGCGGCGGAGGAGAUCCUCAAGUGCAACGAGAACGAUCAGGCGACGUUCCUCGCCACAUUCUACGCACCGUUGCAAGCGGCCAUCCUCGAGGUAGCCCCCGAUCUCAAGGCGAGAUUGAAAGUCUGCUUGGCCACGCUAUCCGUGAUCCAGGAGAAGACUCUCUCGAUGCAGAAGUUGAUUAACUUGCUGACCGCGAUCGAUGGG